AUGGCGUCUGAGGUAUCGGACUUUCUAGCCAGGUCUUGCCCUGAGGAAACGCAGGCGUUCUCAGUGGACAUCAAAGACCUGUUUUACUCCCUGUCGCAAGAGGACAUCGUCAGAGUCGUGAAGAAAUGUAUAGAAGAGCACGGAGUCGUACGGUUUCAAAACACCAUAGGUACCAGCGCCUCCAGGUUCGAAGAGUUGCUGGUGCUGUACCUCCGCUCCACAGCGGUUGAACACAAUGGACAGAUGUACGUACAGAGGAAUGGCAUUUGCAUCGGCUCGCACAUGGCACCUGUGUUGAGCGAUCUGCUUUUAGCACAUUAUGAUGGGAUCCUCGAUGAGAAGCUUCAGUCCGCCGGCUGGGUCCAGAUCUUCCGGUAUGUCGAUGAUUUCCUGGUUUUAUUCUGGGCCCAACCAGAGGAGACCUCCUGUGAAGUAGAAAGAAUACUUGGUAUGUUCCGGUCCCGUUUUCCAGGCCUUACCUUCACCCGAGAGCUGCCUGUUGAAGGCAAGAUUCGCUUCCUUGACAUGGAAAUCUACCGCGGCCUAAACCACACCUGCUGGUCUUACGCACCACGAUCAAAGAAGCUCCUCCUGCCGUUUUCAUCGAAUCACUCAAAGAUUGUAAAACGGGCCAUCGCCUGUGGAGCCCUGAGAAAUGCCCUCGUUCGCUCCUGCCACCACUCGAUCGCAAGCUACUAUGGGUCGCAAGUUCAGAGGCUAAAGGAGAGUGACUACCCGGAGAGCCUGCUGAUUUCGUUGACUGCAGCUCUUUUGCGAGAAGUGAGGUCAACGAGGGAACACAUCCGGCCGAGCCUUCAGAAGUCUAAGACUGUGGUUAUCCCGUAUGUACACAGUGUAUCCCACCUCAUCAAGAGGGCCGCAGGGCGAGCGGGGGUCCAUGUAGUAUUGUCGGCCCCCAACAAACUGAGCUCCCUUUGCAAGAAGGCGAAUGAGAACAAGCAAGUCAGCAAGGGUUGUGUAAAAAAGCGCGGAACUAUGUCCCUUGCAGGUGUGAAGUAG